AUGGGUCAAGCUCCCUCUGGCGGUGCUCCCGGCCGCGGAGGCAAAGACAACAAGAAAGACCAGCAAAAGAAAUGGGAACCGCCUCUUCCCACCCGUGUCGGCAAGAAGAAGAAGCGUGGUCCCGAUUCGUCCUCUAAGCUUCCGGCUGUCUACCCCAACACACGAUGCCGAUUGAAGUUGCUCAAGCUUGAGCGUAUCAAGGACCACCUUUUGCUCGAGGAAGAGUUCGUGCAGAACCAGGAACGACUGAAGCCUCAGGAGGACAAGGAUGCAGAGGAACGCACAAGAGUGGACGACCUCCGAGGCAGCCCCAUGGCUGUCGGUACUUUGGAGGAGAUCAUCGAUGACGAACACGCUAUUGUCAGCAGCGCAACCGGUCCGGAAUACUAUGUCAGCAUCAUGAGCUUUGUCGAUAAGGACUUGCUCGAACCUGGCUGCAGUGUUUUGCUCCACCACAAGGCUAUGGCGAUUGUCGGUGUGCUUUCCGACGAUACAGACCCUAUGGUCAGCGUCAUGAAGCUCGACAAGGCACCUUCGGAGAGCUAUGCUGAUAUUGGUGGUCUCGAAACACAAAUCCAGGAGAUCAAGGAAGCCGUUGAGUUGCCACUCACACAUCCCGAACUGUACGAGGAGAUGGGUAUCAGGCCACCAAAAGGUGUCAUCCUCUACGGUGUUCCCGGUACGGGUAAGACACUGCUUGCUAAGGCCGUCGCUAACCAGACUUCAGCCACAUUCUUGCGAGUUGUCGGUUCCGAACUUAUCCAGAAGUACCUCGGUGACGGUCCCAAGCUCGUUCGCGAGCUUUUCCGCGUUGCAGACGAGCACGCACCCAGUAUCGUGUUCAUCGACGAAAUCGACGCCGUCGGUACCAAACGAUACGAUUCCAACUCGGGAGGAGAGCGUGAAAUUCAACGAACGCUCCUCGAAUUGCUCAACCAGCUCGAUGGUUUCGACACACGUCACGACGUCAAAGUCAUCAUGGCCACUAACCGAAUCGAAUCGCUCGACCCAGCGCUUAUUCGACCAGGACGUAUCGACCGAAAGAUUGAAUUCCCUUUGCCGGAUCAGAAGACCAAGAUGCACAUUUUCAAGCUCCACACUUCGCGUAUGAACCUCGACUCGGACGUUGAUCUGGAGGAGUUUGUAGCGAUGAAGGAUGACCUUUCGGGUGCGGAUAUCAAGUCGCUUGUCACCGAAGCUGGUUUGCUUGCGCUAAGAGAGAGACGUAUGCGGGUGACUAAGAAGGACUUUACCACCGCAAGAGAGCGUGUGAUUGACAGGAAGAAUGAGGGUACGCCCGAGGGCCUUUACCUGUAA